AAACAAAAACAAAAUCUCUCUCAAUUACAGAGAAGAAAUAUAGUUUAAGGGAGAAUUUUCUCUCUUCUUUUCCCUUAAGGAAUCGGAAAACCCAGGAAGAAGAAACCUAUUUUCUUUAUUAAUUGCCAUUAAAUCACCCCUUUGAAGGUCGAAAGAGCCUUUGCAAUUUUUUCUUUCUUGGGUAUUUAUUUGUACAAAUUUUGAUUUCCUUUUUCUUGUUUUGAGAAGUAAAAAUGGGAACAGAAGUUUUGCGUCCACAAAAUUGUUUGAUUGACAGGUUCAGGGAACCACAACCAGCGGCGGCGUUUCAUCGUCGGAAAAAUAAUGGAUACUAUAACAACGGUUACCGGAAACCGGUUGUUAGAACGGAGAAAAAGAAGUUGAACAACAAGAUCCAGAACCAAUCUGAGCCGUCAAUUUCGAGGAGAUCUGAGGAAUCGAAACCGGUUCAGAUCCCCGGGAGAGUUACACCGGCGGUGGACGGCGGAAUCGUGAUGGGUCAGGUAAUGAUUUUGAGAAGGGGAGAGUCGUUGGAUUCUCUGAACCCGAAUAUCAGGAAUGAGAACAAAACGACGUCGUCGGGUAAGAAGAAGAAACAACCGGCGAGUGGUAGCGGUGAUGAGUUGACGGUUUACGGUACCGGAAGAUUGGGUCCGGACCAACCCGGGAUGUUACCCAAAAAUAUCCGGGUCGGGCAUACUCCGACCGACGUGUAUGCUGGAUCUGCUUUCUCGAAUUCUCCAUCGCCUAGAUCUCUUCCUCUACCCUCUUUCUUCAACAACAUGAACAACAACAACAAAAAGCAAGUAGAAUUCAAACCGUUUGAUGAUUCCGCCUCGAGAGAUUUACGGAGGUUGCUCCGACUCGAGUAGCGGAUCCGACCCGUAUUCUCCAGAAUUACCUCUUAUAAUUCUUAACUAGUUUGGAAGGGACUAUAUAUGAUUCCCCAGUCUCUAAUUAGCUUUAAGGUUGACUUAUAUAUUACUAUAAAUCUUUCAUAUUCGCUCCUAAAUUCUCAAAUUUUGGAACUUUCAGUUUUCUCCAUGAAUUUUUUUAGACAUGGAGAAGUGAAAAGGUCUGAAAUUUGAGAAAAUUAGAUUAAAAAUGCGAAUAAUUUCUUCUUGUUAUUUACUUAUUAUUAUUUAUAUUUUAGGUCUGGGGAUUAAGUAUGGAAGGAAGGGGGUUAUUGUAUUUAAGGGGAAGGAGAUUGAAGAAAAGGCAGUGAUGAAUAAGUUUAGUGUUAUGUUAAAUAUUGUGUUUGUGCUUAAGUUGGUGGUAAUGGUGAAGAAGACUCUAAUGAGAGUAAUGAUGGAAAUAUUGAAUAGCUUUGUAAAGCUUUUAUUUUGGAUUAAUGGUUAGUAAUCAGAAGUAUGUUUUUAGAGUAUAA